AGAUCGGCCUUUCGCUUACGAGCGUAAACCAUACGAUAGGCCUAAUCGAAUUGAUUAUGUACACGUGCGAAGUGAUGAAUAUACAAGCGCGUAGGACCCUGUGCUCACGCGAAACAUUCAUGUGCUGGGCAGCCGGAGUGAGAGGGGCAUAGAUCAUUCUGCUUAAUGCUCAUAUAUUUUCGUAAAUUGAUGUCUGUCCAAUGUUCGUCGGGGCCGAAGGCAGGAUCAUGCAAGCAGCGAGUGCAAGAUCAGACCAUACCGGUGCAUAUGCUUACUAGGACUCUCCAUCGUAGACACGGAGUGAAUUCACUUCAAUCCACGUAGUUCUUCAGACCAGUGUGCUAUCUACUCUAGAUAGCACAUUGCCAUCAAUGCAUAGAGACAGCCGCCAUCGUCCAGGCGUAGGGGGACACAUGGUGCUGGCGGGGACCUUGGAUCAUAUACUAAAUAUAACCCGGGACUAUGCCUGAGGAUAAAAGCACCGAGGACCAAAGCGCAAAGACGACCGGUUACUCGGAUCGGUCGUAUCGGUUAAAAAGAUUCUGUCGAAGGAGGUUUAAAAUCCACGGCUUCGCCCGUCUAUUGUUCCGCUGGAAAGCCAGUGUCUACAAGCUUCUUUGGCGGGAAAUGAUCGUGUUUCUGGGCUUCUAUGGCGUGGUCAGCAUCCUAUAUCGGUUCGCGCUUAAGGGAACCACCAAGAGUAACUUUGAGAAACUCGCCUUCUACGCUUACGACUACACCAAAGUGUUUCCUAUAAGCUUCGUGCUUGGUUUCUACGUGACAGUGGUAUUUGACAGAUGGUGGACGCAAUUCAAGGCGAUCCCUUGGCCGGACCGGUGUGUGUACAACAUCGCAGCCCACGUGUUAGGCAACGACGAAGAGGCCCGGAUCAUACGCAGGACCCUUGUACGCUACCUUAACCUAUCCGCCAUCAUGAUCUUCCGAGCCGGUAGCAAAAGGGUCAAGAAGAGGUUCCCAACGCUAACGCACAUCGUAGAAGCAGGUAUACUAACGGAAGAGGAAAAGAACAUACUGAAGGACCUACCCUCGACCCAUCCCAAGUACUGGGUGCCCUGUGUGUGGUUCGUCAAUCUGAUACGGAUGACGAGAAAGCAAGGGAGGAUAGUCAGCGACCCAGCUAUGAAAACUAUAGUAGAUGAAUUGAAUAACUUUCGUGAUAAAUGCGACGAGCUGUACGGUUUCGAUUGGAUUAUUGUGCCACUGGUGUAUACACAGGUCGUCACCAUAGCAACGUAUAGUUACUUCGUAGCCUGUCUCCUUGGAAGGCAAUACUUAGACCCUGAGAUGAAGUUUGAGGGACACACGAUAGAUCUGUUCUUCCCAGGAUUCACACUUCUGGAAUUUGUAUUUUAUGUAGGAUGGCUAAAGGUAGCAGAAAAUUUAAUGAAUCCAUUUGGUGAAGACGACGAUGACUUCGACAUGAAUUUCAUAGUAGACCGAAACCUUCAGGUCAGCUUUCUGACGGUAGACGACCUGUACGAGAUGAGUCUACCUAUCGUUAGAGACCAGCACUUCGACAUCACGGUACCAGACAUUCCGUACACCAACGCUGCAAUCAAGAACAAAAGCAAACCCUGGCAGGGAUCUGCCAGUAAAGUCCGGUUAUCUCGAAGAGACAUGGCCUUCACGAGUAUGCCACAUAAAGUCUUCACGGAGGAAGACGAGGUGAUGACGUGCAAACUUCACACAAAUAGCAUCAAGAAGAAGAACAACAACGGUCGCUCGGAAAACACCAGCGAUCUCAACGGCUCCCCCAACGAAGAUGGCAACGGCCGUGAGAGUAGCAGUAACAGCUUCUCACACUUUAAGCGGCCGCCUCCAGCCUACAGUACCUUUGUGCCGUCCAACCUCCAGCAGACAGGGUCUAGACCUCCCGAGGAACUGACCGUGCCGCCCAAGAAACUCAGCCGGUCUACUGGGGAGAGGAGGAAGGACGCCUCGCAUGCCCACCAGAGUCAGGUCAAGCGAGACCGGGCAGAGUCAGCGGCAGCCACGGAGGAACCCCCGUCAAAUUCGCGGUCUAGACAACACGAGGAGCGUGAUGUCAGAGACUGUAGCAGCGAGGAUGACGACGAAUGUUCCCCGCUCAGUAACUCUAGCUACCCGGUGGACUUGAAUCAAAUUGUCAACGAGUCGGUCAUAUGACCCGCAAACCAGCCCUAAUCCGUCUCAAUAAACUAUUUACUAUCCAAAAACAGAACAGUACUCCCGAGCUUCUCUGCAAAUUGUGUGUUGUCUGAACUUGUCUCCCUCAUCAAAACUUUGUGUGUUUGUAACUUGGAAUAUAGUGGUGGCAAUACGCCUCGCGUUCUGUGGAUUAUUAGUGUCGACUGCAAUACGAGGAACGGAACUGAAGUGCAGUAACUGCCGACCUGCCGUUCAUAAGGGUCGCUCCAAACGAGCGUGUAUGGAAAGAAAGAUAUUUGCUGCAUUUGGAAACACAUGCAAUGAUGUUUAGAAGGGAAUUGUAUAUGCCUCUAGAUCCGAUCUCCAUACGAUGUGGGUUUUUCAGCUGGUCUUAAGAUUUGAAAACAGAUAAUAUGCGGAUUUUAGUUCUCGACAUCAUGGCAUCCAUCUGGCAAUUUCCUUGAACGCCUGAAGGCCGGGUACCAAUAUGAAACGGCCAUUACAUCAUGUGAACCAAACUACGUACUUUGUCAUGAAUAGAGUCAUUCAGCUGCGCUUGAAUCGGACGUUUUAAUGUUUACAGAUGACAUUGUUAUACAAAGUCACAAUAAAAUGGCAACUGGUCAAGCCGUAGACAUAAAAAAAUACCGAUUCGGCCUUUUUGAGCUACUAAUUCUCCAAUUUUAAUCAAAACGUGUAGGCAAAUACUUUACAGGGUUUAGAAUUGUUCGUCUAAAAUUGCCGAACCGCAAAUGGCAAGAGACGAGCACUGUACGGUUUUCACAUUUACAAAGUGAAGACGGCAAAAUAUGCAUAUACAAUGGUGUGUGUAUGUGGUUUCACUGCAUACUUGCAGUUUGCUUUUUAAAAUCAAACUAUUAUGAACUAUUUAUAUAUAUUGAACCAAGUUAGUCACAGUACCUUGUAUCUAAAUGAUAAUAAAAUGUGGUCAAAAGGGCAAAUGUUGUCGGAUGACUUAUGAGCAGCUCAGUCUCAACACAUCGGUUGUACCUGCGAGUGUACAAUCUUCUUACAAUGUCAUUCUAUUUACUACAGUAACAUCCUCUAUAUAUUAUUGAAAUUAAUGCAAGUGUGACGUUGUGAUGCUUUAUAGGUAUCCGACCAUUUGGCUGUAUUCCAAAUAGGCCUACUCAUGUAAAGUUCAACUGGCAAUAACUAACAGAAGACAUAAGUAGAUUAGAACCAAUAAUAACUUUCCACUUGGAGGCUGUGAUAUAAAUACGCUCGCAUUCUAAAAUUGACGGCUCUUGAAAAGGCUACGGGAAAAGGCAACUUUGGUAGAUCAGCUUCACGUCGUUUGCAAAGUGUAACCAUGCUGUUAAUGUUAAUGGAUCUGAUGAAGACAAAGUUUGUAUGGGGUUCAACUGCAAUGGCGGAUGAAAGUAACUAUGGUAGUUUGUAUGUAACGCUUGCCUAAGUUAAGUCAGCUUUCUUGUAUAAUUUCGUUGGUUCCAAAACUGAUUAGUGCCACUUUCGGCUAUAUAGGCCUGAAAUGAACACCCGUGGCAAGUAUGAAUGGGUUAAUAUGAUUUACCGAUGUCACACUAGUUAACCUACCGUAUCCACUGUCUCAAAACAGUCACCUUGUUCAUGCCGAUUCAACAGUUAAGCCUAUGUAAACAUCCUGUAUAACAGUUUGUCCAGCAUACUUCUUACAAGUGUCCAUGGUCUGUGGACUUUAUCAAGACCACGAAAUCAACAUUUGCUGAGUCAAGACGUGAGUCCCAGACCAUAACAAAUGAGUGGCCCCGUGUCCCCCCCCCCCCCCCCCACCUUGAGAUUGAGUCCAAAAUGGAGUCUACACUCAAAGCUCAAGCUGAAAUCGACAGCCAUUUUGUUUAAUUUAUUCCUCUAAACAAUAUUUCAGCAAAAUGCUGGAUUUACAAAUGUGUAAGAUUCUAUAAAGGGUGAUAAUAACCUUAAUCCGCUUUUUUUUUAUAUAUAUAAAGAGCUGCGGGUUUUAUCCUUAUUAUUUGUUAAAUUAUUUAUGUACUUGUUUAUUUAUUAAUAAAUUAUUUUUUAAAUAUUUGUUGGUUUAAAAAUAUAGAUUUUUAUCUGCUUUAUGUACUGUUAAAACUGACACGAGCUGUGCGAUUAUGUAAUAUCGACGGAUGUCAGGGACCACAUCUUUACUAGUAUACUUGGUGCUAUUUUUGUGUGAUGCUGUUUACUAAUUAUCAAGGUUGCCAGUCGUCUGUGACUUUUGUUGGAAUAUUUCCUUCACUGCCAUUCUUGAUUAUUUUCACCUCUAUAUUUAUAAGCUGAUUCAUUUCAGGGUCAAAGUGAUUCUUCUCCGGGUCAACAUGACAAUUCUUUUGAUGAUCUCCUCGGGUCAUUUGGACCCGGUGAUCUUUGCAGUAGUAUCAUUUUGACCCAGAGUAUUGUCAUUUUGACCCUCAUACAGAUCAAAUAUGACCCAUAUUCCGGGUCAAAUCAGACACGGGACUUUUUAGAGUGCAUUUUGCUUGGCAUCCAAAAAGUCUUGAGGCCUGAUUUGGGGCCUGACACUUUUCCGGGUCAAAAUGACACUUGUCCAAGUCAAAAUGACCCGGAAAAUGAGUCAAAGAAAUGUAAUUUUGACCCGGAAAAGUGUCAGGCCCCGUGAGACUCGAAUUUCGGGUCAAAAUUUGACCCGGGACUUUUUACAGUGUGUGACCUUAUCCUAUAGACCGAUCCGGGUAUACGCUGGCACUUCUAUCACGGAUGCUCCCCUCGUUGGAGAGAGAUAUUGUUUAGGAUAACUGUCGUAGAGCAGUUGCUCUGUUCAACACCUACCACAAUACUGCCGCCAUUAAAGGGGGCCUCCCGUGAGUGUACAGUGAUCACGUGCCCGGAUAACAGUUUCCGUUCAGAGGACACUAUACUGGCUCCUUUCCCUGAUGUGCGCCUGUGUCUUGUUAAGACCUGAAAAGUUACUUCUGGCAACCUUAAUAACGAUGGUAUAGGCCCUAGUCGCUCGGAUGGUUUGCGCUUUGUACUCUGUACAUAACGUAUGCAUAGGACUUGUAUGAGGUGCCCGCCUAUGUGAAGUGGGCAUGUUGUGUCCUUAACCACGUGGUGCUUAUCCAUCAUCUGUCAAAAUGGCCGGUUUACAUACUGCGUGGCUGAAUAAAAAUAAAACUGGUACCCAAUGUAUUCUUGAAAUGAUUCAUUUCCAAAUAUGAAGCCCCUUUACGAGUGAGAAAAAACAACAACUACAUUUCCAAGUCACGUCAUCACCGUAUAACCCUGUAGAGGAUCACUGGGGAAUGUAAUGUAUUGUACCAGUCAUGUUUGUUGUGUUCGUCUCGUCCCAAUGGUACGAGAACCAACAACACUCGUUUGAGUUACUCCACGGAAUAAAUUAUGUCCUGCUAUCUUUUCCGUCCAUAUAUUUUUCUCGUAUUAUCUAGUGAAAAAUCUGCUUGAUGGCAAUUUACCCUUAAAGUGUCUGUCAUACACAAUAGUACCUGUAUUUCAUUUUAUUGCAGGAUAACUGGUGAAGGUUUACAGAGCUGAACUUUGAUAAUCAUUCCGCUCAAUUAUCUGACAUAUCCACACUUUUCUCGUAAGCUUCCCCGUUUCCCACCGUUGCAAUUUCUGCUUCAAAACGUUGAACUCUCUUGUUCACGCUGAAGUGAUAUUUUUUUGGCACACAACCCUAUUAUUCUGCAGUGAAUGGUUUAACGAUAUCGCAAUUUUUUGUCAACUUGUCAAAAAUUGUGAUGUUGUUCAAACUGCUUUGUUUCUAUACAGUCCCUUAAUGACUGGAAAAACAUUGCGAUGUUGCUGAGAAAGGUCGAUGACGUGAACAGUUGGGGUGCAAAAGAAUUGUAAUUAUGUAAAAAAAAAAAAAAUAGUGAAAAAAAAAAUUAAAAAGGGACUAUUUCGUGGAAAUGGCCAUAAUUUAGUAUUUCAGCAAGCAGCGCAUGUGCAGGGAAAACUUUACAAUUUCGGAGCGUGUCUGAAGAUAAGCUGAUGAAGUUCAAACGAAGGUCUAGGACAGAAGUACAGAAUGUACUCUCUCAUCGUGGUUUAGGGUAGCAAUUAUGAAUGCUAACUUGCAAAUACUCGAGCAGUUCUGAUAUUGUGACUUUGACACAUUCGCUGCAUCAACGAUAAAUUAUGAAGACUUUAAAGGAAUGCACAAACGUUUAAUACCAAGAUAUAAUACGAAAAA